AUUUGUGAAUAAUUUUUUUUCGAUAAUUACGGAAACAUUCAUUGUUUUAUAAUUGUUAUUAAAUAUUAAUUUAAUUUAACGCACCACGAUUUUUCCGUUUUACCGGGUAAAAGUACGCCACUAAUUGAACAUAGUGUCAAUAGUUUGUAGGUUACGUAUCUAACAUUUAGUCUAACAGUUCCCGCCAUUUCAAUUGUUAUUUGUUUACCUCGGACGAAUCGCGGAACGGUAUCCAUUAACACGAGUCGCGCAACAGGCAGCCGAUUACGCAGGCACAACGUCGAAUUGCUAUUCGUUUCGUAUUUUGCCGUCUAUUAAAUAUAUUCUAAAUCGCUUUUUUGUGGAUACCUUUAAGGCUAUAAAUUAGUAAUUACAAAUUUUGCAUUUCAUUCUGAAGUAUUUUGUCCAUAUCUCGUUUGUUGUUUUGUGACGAGCAUUCGGUGUAUACUGCUGGAGUAAAAUGUCCGACAGAGAUUUUAGCAGUCCGGAACCUUUCAACGAUGCGGAUCUCGGGGGUGCCGAUGACACAUCGCCUGUACGUAAUUUUGAGGAUGAAGUGUUGAGUGAAGGUGACGUUUUGAGUUUGAGUCAGUUUGAUGACCCAGAGGAAGAAGAUGGAGAAGAACUGUUUGGCGAUAACUUGGAACGGGAUUAUCGCCCGAUACCCGCUCUCGAUCGCUAUGAUGGUGGUGAAUUGGACGAAGAUGAUUAUGAUGCAAUGAGUCCAGGUGCCAGAGCUGCGGCUGAAAGAGAGUUACAAAGACGUGACCGAGAAGAAGGAACUGGUCGAAGAGAUGCUGAUGAUAUCCUUUAUGAUGAACAUGAUGAUGAUGAGGCAUCAAGAAAAAAAAGACGAAUGGCUGAAAGAGCUGCUACUGGUUUUAUUGUUGAUGAUGAAGAAGAUGAAGAAAUGAUUGAAUCGAUUGAAAAUUUACAAGACACUAAAGGACAUACAGUUGCUGAGUGGGUAGCUAUGUUAGGUCCAAAGACUGAAAUUGCAAACCGUUUCAAAAAUUUUUUGCGUAAUGAUGUCACUUCCAAUGGUGCUUAUCUUUACAAGGAUAAAAUCAGAAGAAUGUGUGAGAGUAAUUUAUGUAGUUUGGAAGUAGAAUUUACCAACUUGGCCAAUAAACAACAUACACUGGCACUUUUUUUGCCAGAAGCACCUUCAGAAAUGAUAAGUAUAUUCAAUGAAGUAGCCAAAGACUUAGUUUUAUCCAUGUAUCCUCAAUAUGGCAGAGUUACCGCUGAAAUAUUUGUAAGGAUUACAGAUUUACCACUUAUUGAAGAAAUUCGUACUUUCAAAAAAAUUCAUUUGAAUCAAUUGGUCAGAACUCGUGGUGUUGUAACGUCAACUACAGGUGUGUUUCCUCAACUCAGUAUUAUUAAAUACGAUUGUUCUAAAUGUGGUCAUGUUCUUGGACCUUUUACACAGUCUCAAAGUCAAGAAAUUAAGCCUGGUUCAUGUCCUGAGUGUCAAAGUACUGGGCCAUUUAUGGUUAACAUGGAACAAACUUUAUAUCGUAAUUAUCAAAAGAUUACUAUACAAGAGUCUCCAGGCAGUAUACCACCAGGCCGUAUACCACGUAGUAAAGAUUGUAUUCUUUUAGCUGAUCUAUGUGAUCAAUGCAAACCUGGUGAUGAAAUAGAUGUAACUGGAAUAUAUUCAAACAGUUAUGAAGGAUCCUUAAACACGGGAAAUGGAUUUCCAGUAUUCGCUACUGUUAUUAUGGCAAAUUAUUUAAUUAUAAAAGACAAUAAACAUAUAGUUGAGUCUCUUACUGAUGAAGAUGUUUCACAAAUAUUGAAAUUGUCUAAAGAACAUAAAAUUGGUGAACGUAUUGCUGCAUCUAUUGCUCCAUCAAUUUAUGGACACGAUUAUAUCAAAAAAAGUUUGGCAUUAGCAUUAUUUGGCGGAGAAGCAAAAAAUCCUGGUGACAAACAUAAACUUCGUGGAGAUAUAAAUAUACUGUUGUGUGGUGAUCCUGGAACAGCAAAAUCCCAAUUUUUAAAAUAUAUUGAAAAAAUAGCUCCACGUGCUGUUUUUACUACUGGACAAGGUGCUUCUGCUGUCGGUCUUACAGCUUAUGUUAAACGUGAUCAUCAGUCUAGGGAAUGGACAUUAGAAGCGGGUGCUUUAGUUUUAGCUGAUCAAGGUGUCUGUAUUAUUGAUGAAUUUGAUAAGAUGAAUGAUCAAGAUAGAACUUCAAUUCAUGAGGCUAUGGAACAACAAAGUAUUUCUAUUUCUAAAGCUGGUAUUGUGACCUCAUUACAAGCAAGAUGUUCUGUUAUGGCAGCAGCUAAUCCAAUUGGUGGACGUUAUGAUCCGGCAAUGACUUUUUCUGAAAAUGUUAAUUUAUCAGAACCCAUUAUGUCAAGGUUUGACAUUUUAUGUGUUGUACGAGAUGAAGUUGACCAGGUUAAAGAUAAUCGGCUUGCAACAUUUGUGGUACAGUCUCACAUGCGUAACCAUCCUUUAAGCAAAGAUAAAGAAUGUGAAUUAAGAAAUCCAUUUUCUACUACUGAUAUGGAACCAAUACCUCAAGAUUUAUUAAAAAAGUAUAUUGUCUAUUCUAAGCAAAACAUUCAUCCAAAACUUCAUCGUAUGGACCAAGACAAAGUAGCUAAAAUGUAUAGUCAACUGAGACAAGAGUCUAUGAUGACUGGAAGUUUGCCCAUUACAGUCCGACAUAUUGAAAGUAUGAUUCGUAUGGCAGAAGCAAAUGCUAAAAUGCAUUUAAGAGACUAUGUUCAAGAAGAUGAUGUCAACAUGGCUAUACGUAUAAUGUUAGAAUCAUUUAUUGAAACACAAAAAUACAGUGUCAUGAAAACAAUGAGAAAAACAUUCCAAAAAUAUUUAUCAUUCAAAAAAGACACCACCGAGCUUUUGUACUUUAUAUUGCAUCAAAUGGCGACCGAUCAGUUGGCUUACAUUAGGGGUAUACACGGUGUCACAGUUAACACAAUUGAAAUACACGAAAAAGAUUUCAAAGACAAAGUAAAACAGAUAGAUAUACAUGACUUAAGACCAUUCUUUGAAAGUAAAUUGUUCAAAAAUAACAAUUUUGUGUAUGAUGAAAAGAGACACAUGGUUAUACAAACCUUACUUCUCGGCGAAUAAAUCUAUAUGGUUAGUGUCUAUCCAGUGUUGGUAGUAAAUACAUUGUUAAACUAAUUUAGUUUUACAACUUAAGAUGUGAAUUAUUAUUUCCAUUUUAUGUAUGUAUCUGGUAAUUGUGUACCAAUUAUUUUAAAUUUAUUUUAUGUAUAUUUUUUUUUUUUAUUUAUUACAAAUGGUCAAAGAUCAAUAUGUUAUAUAUUCAAAUUAGUGUUAUCAGUACUUGUAUGUUAUUAUUUAAAUCUUGAUGUACCAAAAAUUUGUCAUAUUAGUUAUGUACAUUAAAAAAAAGCUAUUGUAUAAUGUUUUAUAGAGAUUGAUUUUUACAAAAUUAUAGUACUAUUAUACUCUUAGAAUGUAUUUUUAAUAAAUAAUUCAAAAUUGGAAUAUGAUUUUAAUUGUAAUUUAAAUAAAUCAAUAAAUUAUGGAUAUAACUUACCACUUGUAACAUAGAACACAUUAAAUUUUGUGGUUUUAUGACACAAAGACACAAAAUUAGAAUUUAAACAAAUUAUUUUAAUUUAGAGAUUUUAAUUUUAAUUUCCUGGGAAGAAAAAAUUGUCAAUAUUAUUCUGUAUUUCAUUAUACUAAUGUUCUUAAAAUUUUAAUGAUACAGAUUAUACAUAAUUUAUGAUAAAAACUGCCAUACAUGUGUACUUUGAGCAACUUCAAGUAAAAUUUAUUGUAUUAUCUAUAAUAUUUCAUAUCUAUUAAUUAUUAUAAUCCAAACUAAUGUGUCAAGUGUCAAUAGUGCUAGUAUUUGUAAAAUUGAAGUAAAAACUUAAAUGUUGACAAAAGUUAUUACAACAACCAAUGGGCAUCAGAUAUUCUUAUUUGUAUGAAUACCAAUUGCCAGAUAACAGUGAAUAUAUUUAUUUUUAUCAGCA